UGUUAUUGAUUCGUGAUUUUAUCAAUUCUAUUUUAGUUGCAGUAAUAUAAGUAAUAUAGAUACUCUGGGCACCUAAUACUAUACCUACAACAAACUCAAGUUUUGAGAAGUACUGUAAUAGAUCUAUUAGACUAGAAGUUGAAUUGGACUAAGUUAUUAGAAUCCUUACAAGUUCUAGAUUAUUAAUUUUACAUACUUACUUACAUUAUUUGAGAAUAUUAAACCAAAUUAUUUGUCAUCAGCCUUCAUAUAAACCUUUGAAGUUUUAUAUUUACAAGUCUGGUUACAAAACAAUAUAACAUCACAUUUUCUAUUCCCCGAAGGAUAAAGCAGAGAUACCGAAGCCAUGGAGAAUAUGAAUGAUAAAUGGAGUGUUAAAAAUCUCUUGUUUACAAAGGCUUUGCCAAAUUAUGUUAUACCAGUGCCAGUGAAUGGCCAUAAAGUCUACUCAUGUACCGACUGUGGUGACAAAUUCAUCUUCGAGUCCAGUUUAAAUGAUCACGUCACACGCAAAUCUGUUAACAUUACAUAUGUGUGUCGCCAUUGUAAUCAAACGAUAACGUUUUAUAACAGAUGUAACUUACUAUUUCAUAUAAGAUCUCACGUUUUUAGAACUGCGACUAUCAACGUCACUGACUUGAACGUAGAACCUUUACCGUUAAGUCUUUUCAACAUUAAGAUUGCAAUACCAGCAAACAAGCCAACACAAAGCAAUCAACCCAUUCCAACCAAUAAAGUGACAAAAAUCAACAAACUAACGAUAGUCGGCCAAAUACCACCAGACAAUGAUUGUAUAAUAACUGCAGAGAGUUCGUCCAAUAACCCAUCAAUUGCAAACAAUAGGGAUAUUUAUACCCAAGUGAUUUGUUUGGAGUGUAAAGAAAACCUAUCUAAUUCACCAGCAUCUGCUGCUAAAGAUCGAGCCAGUCACUAUAUGCAGUUUUCCAACCAGGUUUAUUCAUGCCCUGUAUGUUUAUUUGCACUGCCAACGACAUGCGCUCUCAAAGCACAUUUACGAUUACAUUUAAAAUGCCCCCUUUAUUGCUGCCCUGAAUGUGGUUCGGCCCUUGGCAAUAAAAAUAUUAAUUAUCCUUACAAUCACGACUGUGAGGGUUUUAAAAUGAUGAGAGCAACCGCAAGACUAAAAUGUGGCUCGGCUAAUUGUCGCAUUUGUUUCCAUCCUAACGAUUUAAGAGAACACAUGAAGAGUCUUCACAUGAAAAAAGUUUUCAAGUGUCCAUUUUGCGUUGUUGCUUGUUUUAGUGAAACGAGUAUGCAAAGCCAUUUCAAGACUCAUAAAAUGGACAAUAUAAAACCACUCAUAUUCUACAAGUGCGAAUUAUGUCCAGGAAAAUUUGUGUUGCAGAGUCGUAUAGAGACUCACAUAAAAAGUCACAAAGUUUUCGUCUUCUAUCCAUGUUGGCCAUGUGGUUCAAUCUUUAAAGACGUAAUCCUUCUACUGUUGCAUUUUCUAGAAAAACACAAUAAAAAUAGUACGAUACAAAAUGCAGUGAAAUAUGUGCUGUCGGAAAUUGAGUCUUUAAAAGACACAAGUAAGCCGAAAAGAGUAUACCGCGUCGUAAAAAGGUGUGAUCAAUGCCAGAGAAGUUUCACCUAUAGAUGUCAGUAUAGCGAGAUACAUAACCUGCCCAAUGAAUGCCCCUACAAAUGUACUUCCACAUUUGAGUGUUCCACAGAAUUGGAUGUCACUCCAGAUACGACCACUCUGAGCAAAAUGACAAACACUGUGUUGUGUCAUUUGUGUAAUGCGAAUAUUAUAGAUGAUCCAUAUGAAAUAAAAAAGCAUUAUUCUUCACUACAUAAAACAGAAAAAUGUUUGGAUGCCAAAAUUGUCCUCACCAGAAUUGAUGUAAAUAAAUACCGAACUCAAAAUACGAAUUUGACCAAACGUAACAUUAAAAAAACUAUUGGCAAGAAAGUAUUUAAAAGAAAAGGGAAACGCCAACAAAUUAAAAUUCUAAGGGAUCCUCUUGAAAUUAAUAAUGAGCAGUCAAAUAUAGAUUCCCAUGUGGAGACGAUAACCUGUGACACACCUCCUGCUUCUUUGUGUUACAUCUGCAAAAUAUGUGGUAGUAACUUUGAGCAAAAAGAAUUAUUAGAAAAACAUUUGAUAACACAUAGAGACUCGUGCAUGGCUUAUCAAUGUAUGGAAUGUGGACAGAGUUUUGUUGUCAAGCCAUCAUUUUCAAAGCACUUACUUCUGGAACAUAGUAUCUCAGAUAGUGAAACGUAUAUAAAAGAAAAACAUUGUUACAAUGAAAAUGCUCUAAUAAAAUACCAAAGUAGUGAAAUUAUUUCUAACGAACCUCUACGCGAAAAUCAAUGUAAUAUUUGUAGAGAGGACUUUGAGGAGCCGGAAGAUUUAGCCAAGCAUUUUAGAGUUCAUGGUAUGGCUUUUUUGAUGAAAAACAAUCAAAGUAAAUGAGAUAUAAUAUUAUUAAACUUUAGUCAGUAAAGACAGUUAAGUAAGUAGGUAGUUGAAGCCAAAAAAUUUAAGUUCUUUUCGUCAUCUUCUGCAGUGCAGAAUUGUUAUCUAGUAAUUUGUUAUUUUCUAUGUAUAGUUUUAAUUUUAUCUCAUUAUCACUGUGUAAAAUAAGUUUUUAAACGUUUUUCGUCAUAAGUGACAGACUACAUUAUUUUAAGUAUAGACGCUAAGUUGUAACGUUGUUACUUUUACAAUAACUAUUAAAAAAUGUAACAAAAAAGCCUUUUUAACCUUUAAGCGGGCGCGCGGUAUUUUGUAACGGGAGCGGGCGCGCGUAACCGAAUAGACCUAUGGGAUGAAUAAGAUGAAGAAAGCA